AACAAAGAUGGCGGCAUUAAACGAAAAUUGAGGAAUCUGAACGAAGUAGCCGAAAAUUUCAUUCUUCAUCGUGGCUAUGAAAGCGUCUGUUUGAAGCUGCUUUAAGGCCGUGUCGGAGAGGUUGGAAUUGGCACCAGCUGGAGGAAGAUCUGAACCGCAAGUUGCAACGCUAUGCGAAGUUGGCGAGGUUUACCUGGCACAACACAUGGGCGAACAAGGUAGAUGGGUGUCGUCGACCGAUAAGAAGAGCUGUAUGACGGACAAACUCGAGAUCUUAGAAUAUUGUAAGAAGGCAUAUCCAAAGAGAGACAUCACUAAUAUCGUGGAAUCGUCGCAUUAUGUCAGAGUCAGUGGAUGGUGUAAGCCUGGAAGAACUAAAUGUAAAUUGUCGAGAUGGGUUAAGCCUUAUAGAUGUCUGGAGGGUCCCUUCCAAAGUGACGCACUUCUUGUACCAGAGGGAUGUCUUUUCGAUCAUCUACAUAAUCAGACCAAAUGUUGGGAAUCACACAGGUGGAAUUCAACAGCCGCUGAUACCUGCAGAGAACGUAAUAUGAAUCUAAGGAGUUUUGCUAUGUUACUACCAUGCGGGAUAUCGCUCUUCUCUGGUGUCGAGUUCGUAUGCUGUCCGAAACGCCUGAAAGAAACUGUAAAAGUCAAGAAAACGAUAGAUUUACCGAUUCCAAAAGGAGUUGACGAUGAUCUCGACGAGGACGAAGAUGAUCUCGAUGACGAAGAUGAUCUCGAUGGUGAAACCGACGACGAUAAUGAUUCUGAAAGCGAUCUCGACGAUGUUUUCAGUGAUCAACCAGACGAUGAGGAAAGUGACGAGGAAUAUCUAGACGAUUAUGAUACAACUACGAGCCGACCGUCCACAAUAUUCUCAACGACUGAGAAAGUUAAACAAGAAGCAACGGCAAUGGCUUUACCACUUAGUAGCAGCACGCAACAACCAUCUCAAUCGCAGGGUACACCAGAUCCAUACUUGACUCAUUUUGAUCCACGAUCGGAACAUCAAAGUUACAAGCAAGCCCAAAUGAGACUCGAGGAAGUACACAAAGAGAAAGUAACAAAAGUGAUGAAGGAUUGGAGUGACCUAGAAGAAAGGUAUCAAGAUAUAAGAGCCCAUGAUCCAGUUGCCGCUGAUGCUUUCAAACGAUGGAUGACGGCACGAUUCCAAGAAACUGUUGCGGCCUUGGAAGAAAGUGGUGCCGCGGAAAAACAUCAACUCAGUGCGAUGCAUCAACAACGAGUGCAAGAAGCUGUUAAGCAGAGAAAUGAAGAAGCUAUGUCCUGUUACACUGCUGCUUUGAACGAAACCCCACCAAAUACUCAUCGCAUUCAAAAGUGUUUACAAAAGUUACUCAGAGCUCUUCACAAGGACCGACACCAUACAAUUGCUCAUUACAAGCAUUUACUUGAUAGCAGUCUGGAACAAGCUCAACGUGAAAAACCAGCGACGUUGGAACAUCUUGCAGAAAUUGAUAGAAUCACAAAUCAAAGCUUAUUGAUGUUGGAACGAUAUCCUGAUCUGAGUGCAAAAAUCGGGCGUCUAAUGGAUGACUAUGUUUUGGCGCUUCGCAGUAAGGAUGAAACACCAGGUUUAUUGUUAGCAAUGACUCGAGAGGCAGAAGCAGCUAUUUUAGACAAGUAUCAAGCGGACGUGGCUAGCAAACAAGAAGAAAAAGAACAUCAAAAGCAAUUAGAACGUGCACGCAAGGAACAACGUAAGGUUGAACGUGGUGAAUUACGUACGGAACAAGAACAACAUGAAGAAAAUGAUUCAGUGAAUGACAAUAAGUAUUCUUCUCAGCAAUCUGAACAACAGCCGGUACCCGUUGCAACGCUGCAUAAUGAAGGAGUGGUUAGAGCAGCACACAGUAUGACUCAUGAUGUCUCACAUUCUGAACCGGGUUAUUCAGUAAGACGUGAACUAUAUCACAAGGAGAGCCGAUCGGUUUACUUUACGCUAGCAUUUGCUGGAAUCGCACUUAUGGCAGCUGCAAUAGUAGGUGUUGCUGUAUUCAAAAGACGUAAUGCGAGAAGCCCACACAGCCAGGGUUUCAUUGAAGUUGAUCAAGCUGCUACACCAGAAGAACGACAUGUAGCUAACAUGCAAAUCAAUGGUUACGAAAAUCCAACAUAUAAAUAUUUCGAGGUGAAGGAAUAAUUGAAUAAUUUUUAAAUCUGAACGAUCAUCAGUCGCUUUAAAAGCUGGUCUCGAAUAGCUUUUCUCCCCAUAUUAUUAUUAUUAUUUCCGUUUACGAAUGUCAUUAUUUUCGUUAUUAUUUUGAUUUAAUUCUAAAGAGCAUGAGGAACCUCCGAAGAUCCGAUUAUUUAUGUGCUUCUUACAUUGUGCUUGCACAGCUAAAAAUACUCAUUAAUCUGAAACUAAUAGCUGUCAUAAGUCGUAAUAGGAAGUGAUGUUAAUUCACAUAAUGUAUAGCACAAGAAAAUCCAAUGAUAAUGUAUUAUGUUGGACCCCAUCGAUAGUGUUAUAUGAAAUUAUCAUUAAGGAAACUUAAUACGCGGGAAUUAAUACUAUAACAAUGUGUCGAACCACGAAGACUAUCUAGAUAAGUAUACUCGAUUCAGUGUAUCCACAUAAUGAUACGGUUUAAAUGUAUGUGCCAUAUGGAAAUGGAUGUCAGAUAUUAGAUGCCUAUCAUCAUCACUUCGGAAGUUCCUCCUGCUUUUAUUAUUGUUUUUGUUUUGCCAUCAUUUUAAUA